AAACAGGUCCUCUCAUUUCUGCAACCUAAACCAAUCAUCUAGCCUUUUAAAUUCUUGCUUUUCAAUGUAAAACCCUUUAGUUCCAGGAAGGAGCUGGAGCCCAGUUGCUGAGAAAAAGUGAUAUAAUGUGCAGUUGACCCUAGCUGAACAAAUUGUGCUGUAUUUCCAUGACCUCUGCGUCGCUGCCUUCAGAAUCUUACAGCCAUGUGCUGGCUGAGUUUGACUCUCUUGAUCCGUUGCUUUCAGCCCUGCGGUUGGAUUCUAACCGUCUGAAGUGCACGUGUCUUGCUGCAUCCCGAAAAUGGCUCUUGCUAGGCAGUUCUGGAGGAGGGUUGAACCUUAUCCAAAGAGAUGGCUGGAAACAGAGGCUCAUUCUUACCCACAAGGAAGGUGCAAUAUCACAAGUGGCUUGUUGUCUUCAUGAUGAAGAUUAUAUUGCUGUGGCUACCAGUCAGGGAUUUGUAGUGGUCUGGGAACUGCACCAGGAGCGCCGUGGGAAACCAGAGCGUAUCUAUGUGUCAUCUGAGCACAAGGGUCGGAAAGUGACUGCCCUCUGCUGGGACUCUGCAGUACUGCGUGUCUAUGUAGGGGAUCAUCUAGGAAAAGUGUCUGCUAUCAAACUGAACUCAUCCAAACAAGGAAAGGCAGCCGCAGCUUUUGUUAUGUUCCCGGUACAGGUUAUCACAAGCGUUGACUCCUGUGUGACUCAACUGGACUAUAUAGAUGGCAGAUUACUUAUAUCGUCGCUGACUCGCACUUAUUUAUGUGAUACGGAGAGGGAAAAGUUCUGGAAAAUUGGCAAUAAGGAGAGAGAUGGUGAAUACGGAGCUUGCUUUUUCCCUGUUGGAAGGAACAGCGUCGGUCAGCAGCCAUUGAUAUACUGCGCUCGACCAGGGUCCAGGAUGUGGGAAGUGAACUUUGAUGGAGAGGUGCUAAGUACGCACCAGUUUAAGCAGCUCCUGUCCUCUCCCCCUCUGCCAGUCAUCAACUCAAGGUCAGACCCCCAGUAUGAAGCUACGUUUGGUUCGCCUCAAUCUCUAGCGUUUUCUAAACUACUGUUCUUAAGUGAGCACAGCGUUCUUACAUGGACAGAUCGGGGGAUCUUUAUAUUUAUUCCUCAGAAUGUUCAGGUUCUGCUCUGGAGUGAGGUUAGAGAUAUUAAAGCCAUAUCGGUGUAUAAGAAUGAACUGUUUUGUCUUCACAUGGAUGGGAAGGUCUCUCACUACUCCCUGCUGCCAGUCGAGAGAUGUGUGGAGCGCUUGAUUAAAAGAAGUUGCUGGGGUUUGGCUGCCAGAGUCUGUCACCUCUUCCAAAACCCCAUAGUUACCAGCAAAGCAAGAAAAGUUUUGCCCAUAGAUAAACUGGAACAUCUAAAGGCUCAACUCGACCUUGCAACGCAGCAUGAUCUCAUUAGUCAUCUGGAAGAAGUCAUCUCUAAGCUGGAACCUAUGAACUCUGCUUGCAGCAGUAGACGUAGCAGUAUAUCUUCCCAUGAGAGUUUCAAUGUGCUAGACACUGGGAUUUAUCGAGUUAUCAGCCGUAGAGGAAGCCAGUCGGAUGAAGAUUCGGGUUCUCUGCACAGCCAAACGCUGUCUGAGGAUGAAAGACUGCGAGAAUUUUCAUCACAGCACGAUGAAGAACAGACAGAAAUGGACAGCAUAUCUCAUGCGUCAGUGACUGUUGACACCGAUCGGAGUGACACUUCGCUUCCAUUUAACAUCACAUUGCCAUUUCGUUCCACAUCUCCCCUUGUUUCCCUUCAAGCAGUCAAGGAAAGUGUUUCAAGCUUUGUGAGGAAAACGACAGAGAAAAUUGGAACUCUUCACAUGACCCAGGAGAUCAGAGUUAAGCCAGAAAUGAAGGAAGAAGAACGUCCUGCUGAAAUAUCUGUAAACGGCUCACUGCAACGAGAAGAGGAAAAUCAUGAAGAGGAACUUUGCCAAUCGUCUGUGCAAGAAGUUAAACUUGGAGACCUAAAAGUCGCUACAACAGAAGCUAUAUCCAAAAUACAAGACCCACAUGUGUUAUUUAAUCCAGAAGCUGUCAAGAACAUCUUAAAUCAAUGGCUCCCUUGCCUUGAAAAGGCAUUUAGCUCUACUGCUGAAGAUAGCACCAGCCAUGAGACUUCAUCAAUCUCCACAUCUUCAUCAUCAGAAGACGAGGACCCACAGGAUGAGAGCACAGAAAGAAAAUCCGAGGCUGAAGAUAUUAAAGACAAUGUUUGUGAUGGUGGUGGAGAGCCAGCAGUUCAGUUCAUUGUGCGGGCGCCAUGCCUCAUUGACGAACCGCUGCACAAAGACUUAACACAAUUAACAAUGUUGUGCCUGGAAUUCAAAGUAUUUGCUAAUGAUCAGGAUAAGUCAGAGCCACUGUCUUCAGGACUGGAAAAACUAGCCUGUAGCUUCAUUCAGAAUUACUAUUUUCUUCUAGACCUUAAGCGAUUGAAAAGAUGUAUUAUUCUCCGGUAUAAUGACUGCCCUAUUGUAUGGGGAAUCUUCAUCCAAGGAUUACAGGAGCUGAUUGGUCCCAGCUCUGUCACUAUAGCAAUAGAAAACGGAGAUUUGGUGAAAGUCAUAAAGAUAUUAAGGGAGGAGGACCCCUGGGAUAGCCCUCUCCUAUUGGCGCAUGUGUCCAGGAUUUAUGAAAAGUACGGUGAAUCUGCCGUCAGAUCCUUUGUUAAGUUGUAUCCUUCAGUUUUACCGGUGGAUAUAAAUCAGAUUUGCAAAGAAAAUCCAGGACACUUCUUAGCAUAUCUGGAUAGCCUAAUCAAAUCUAAACCCGAGGAACAGAGGUUGUCUUUACUACAGACUCUUGCACAACCUGAGUCUUUAAAGUUGGAUUGGCUUCUUUUGGCAGUUUCCCAUGAUGCCCCUCAAACAAAAAAUACAGUGGAUCCUGAGGGAAAUCCCAGGCCUCGCUCGCAUUUAUUUACAUGGGGUUAUGGACAGCUCAUAAUGAUUUUAAUUAAACUCCCAGCAGACUUCGAAACCAAAGAGAAAAUGUCAGCAAUUUGUAAAUCAUUUGGAUAUUGGCCAGGAUACCUCUCUCUUUGCGUAGAGCUGGACAGAAGAAGAGAAGCCCUAACCAAUAUUGUGUAUCUUGAUGACAUGAGCUUAAUCAAUGAAAAUAAUGGCGUGAUACCAGAGACCACAGAUGAAUGGAAACUACUGCUUAAACUUGCACAAUGUUCCAACCAUGAUCACGAGCACCACGGCACAGAAAAUGGCAGUUCUCUCAGCAACGGCCAUAGUGAUUGGUCGAAUUGCAUCACUGUGGAAAAUGCAGCACUUUUGUUGGCAAAAGUGAUUGGACCAGACCGUGCUUGGCCAUAUCUGCAGGAUUGGGGUCUUACAGAGACAUUUUCUGACCGAUACACUAGAAUUUGUGAAAUUAUAAAAGUAGCAGAAAAACGGCAGAGAGCAUUAAUUCAGUCUAUGUUGGAAAGAUGUGAAAGAUUCCUUUGGUCACAGCAAGCGUGAGCUUUUCAGGAUCUGCUUUCUCCUACCCAAAUGAUUUGUUCUAUUAAGUAUGCAGUACUUUGUUCCUCCGUAUCUAACUUAGAAUUGGGGGUUUGUAAACUUUAAUGGUUGCCUUAAUUCUCUUCUUUAAAGCUUGAUUUGAGAAACUGGAAACCAGAGAGUGGUAUAAAACAAACACAUAGGCACUGAAAGAUUCAAUCAACCUGCAUUUACUAUUCAUCUCCAGCAACAUAUUGUCUUUCACCUGAAGACAUCUGCAUCUACAAACCAGCAUCGUCUAACGGCUGUGCCAGUGGCUCACUGUUUCUUCAAACUAAAUGUCAACCAAAGUGAACAGUGUCUAAAAGAUAGACAGCAUUUCAAAUGAAAUAUAUUGCAAUAUUGGUAUACUUGAUGGUACCAUUCUGAUCAAACACCAGUAUUAUAUAUAGAAGCUGCACAAUUUCCAAACCUAUUAUUGAUGCAAAUACACAACUGCUAUUCAAAAUUCCAAUGUUUUCUUUUAAACGUUCAUCAGCAGUUUGCAACAGCACUGCUAAACUAUCAGUAUUAAAAUCACACAACAUAUACUCUCCACUAUUAUACACUAUUUAUGGCAGCUGUUCUUUUGCUGUUCUUUUGUUUUUUAGUGCGUGUGUGCUUUUAUUUAAGUAAGCGUUAUUAAACUGGUUGCACAAGUAUAUGAAA